AGAAGCGAAUGGGGCGCGGGCGGGCCGAGCGGCGAGUAGCCGCCCCUCAGGCCGGCGGCCAUUUUAGGAGCGCCGCGGCGGGCUCUGCAGCGCUCUCUGGCGGCCUCCUGCCCGCCGCUGAGGUCUCCCGCGGGCGGCCAUGAAGUCCGUCUUCGUCACCGUGGGCACCACCAGCUUCGACGAGCUGAUCGCAGCCGUCUCCUCCCCGCCGGCUGUGCGGGCGCUGCGGAGCCGCGGCUGCGAGCAGCUGGUGCUGCAGAUCGGGCGGGGAGCUCUGGAGCCGGCCCCGCGGCGCGCCCCGGCCUUCGCGCUGGACGUGUUCCGCUUCAAGGAGUCGCUGGCCGAGGACCUGCGGAGGGCCGACCUGGUCAUAAGCCACGCAGGUGCAGGUAGCUGUUUGGAGACUCUAGAAGAAGGAAAACCACUCCUGGUGGUAAUAAAUGAAAAGCUGAUGGACAACCAUCAGCUUGAGCUGGCAAAGCAACUUCACAGAGAUGGACACGUCCUCUACUGUAACUGCAGCACUCUUGUGGAAACAUUACAGUCAAUGGACUUGUCAACUUUGAAACCUUUUCCUCCUGGACAACCAGAAAAGUUUGCUUUGUUUUUGGAUAAAGUUGUUGGGUUUGAACGUCUCCACUCAUUCCCCCCGGUACGAGCCCCGGCCUCCCCCCUCCGCUGCCUCCGCCACCUCCCAGGGACGAUGCAGAAGGGCUGGAAGAAGUACUUCGGGCAGAAGUCCCUCAGCGAGGUGACCAUGGACGAGUACCUGGGCAGCCUGGGGCUGUACCGCAAGCUGACGGCCAAGGACGCCUCCUGCCUCUUCAGAGCCAUCUCGGAGCAGCUUUUUUCAUGUCAAAUCCAUCACAUGGAAGUUAGGAAAGCUUGUGUCUCAUUUAUGAGGCAAAACCAGCGUAACUUUGAAUCUUAUGUGGAAGGGUCAUUUGAGAAAUACCUUGAACGUCUGGGAGAUCCAAAGGAAAGUGCUGGCCAGCUGGAAAUAAGUGCUUUAUCAGUGAUCUACAAUCGAGACUUUAUUCUGUACCGGUACCCUGGAAAGCCACCCACUUAUGCUACAGACAAUGGCUUUGAAGACAAGAUAUUACUGUGCUGUUCCGGCAAUGGCCAUUAUGACUCUGUGUAUACAAAACAAUUCCAGGCAAAUGCUGCUAUUUGCCAGGCUGUAUUAUAUGAGAUUCUGUACAAAGAUGUGUUUGCCAUGGAUGAGGAAGAAUUAAGGUCUGCAAUUGAGAUGUUUCGGAGCGGAUCCAAGAAGAACAGAAACAGUGGCUCUGUAGGAAGCGAGGAUGUAAACUUUGAUUGUCUUCACGAAAAAGUACCCAGAAAUCCAUCAGAAAAGAGACAAUCAAAUGGUGGCAUUAUUCAAGUCUAUUGGAUGACUGGGUUGAGGGAAAUAAUAUACCUACUGAAACCCUGGUAUCCUUUGUUGAUCAAGUCACCAGAAGAAAUGAUGUUUUGCAUCUUUUGUAAUCUUAGUUUUAAAUUGCUUAGAGGUGACGACUGGGAAGGCAACUAUGCUGACAAUCCAGUGGAAGAUAAGUUCAGACAAGGCACUGAAGAAUCAAAGCCUUCAGAAAAUUCCUCAAAGAUGCCUUUCCCCUAUAAAGUGCUAAAGGCGCUGGACCCUGAGAUCUAUCGAAAUGUGGAGUUUGAUGUUUGGCUGGACAGCAGAAAAGAGCUUCAAAAAACUGACUACAUGGUGUUUGCUGGGAGACAGUACUAUUUAGGAGACAAGUGUCAGGUGCGUCUGGAGCCUGGAGGUAAGUAUUACAAUGCUCAUAUCCAGGAAGUUGGGCAGGAUGGCAACACGGUGACUGUAUUCAUUGAGGAGCUGGCAGAAAAGCAUACUGUUCCUUUGGCAAACUUAAAGCCAGUGACACAAGUGGCACCUGUCCUUGCUUGGAAUGUGGUUCCCAGCCGAAAGGGAGGAAGCUAUCAGAAAAUAGGUGGAUACUUCUCAGGAAUAGUUGUAACGGAAAUGGAUAUGAAAACACGGAAGAGAUUGCUCAAGAAAGUUCGUGGAAAGGAAGUCUUUAUGACUGUGGCUUAUAGCAGGGGUCAGCCCAUUCUUCCACCCCGGCUACAGCAUGGUGUUCCUUCGGAGCGCUCUCCUCCAGUUCAGUGUUCGCAGGGUGGUGGAAACUUGGCACCUUAUGACCUCUAUAAUCCUCAGAAUCCUCCUCAGAGACAUAACCGUGGAUUUGGGAUGCCAAGGGGAUCUGCCCGAUUUAUAAACAGGCACAACAUGGUUGGCCCUCAAAUAGCAUUCUACCCCAGUCCAGGAAAGAGAUGCUAUCAGAGCUAUGACAAUUUCUCCUGCAGGUCGCGUUCAUACAGCCGUAGCCGCCGUCAGAUGCAGUGUGUGAAUAAAGAAUGUCAGUAUGGGUUUGUACCGGAGAAUGGAGAGGAGCCUCAAGGAUCAGAAGAAACGAUAACUUUCUAUGAAAUUGAAGAAGGGGAUGAAAGUGCUUUUUCUGCCUUACCAAGCCAGGGUAGCCCUACUCCCAUUGUCCACAGUCCUGCAGGGUUUUGGGUAGCAAGGAGAGGCCCAAACUCUGUUCCAGCCAGCAAGCAAACCCUGAAUUCGUCAGAGGAAGAUGUAGAAGAAACAAGUGAAAAUGGGAAAUUUCAUGAUUUUCUCUAUGCACCUACAGAUCCAGACUGUGAAACUGCAGCAGUAUUUAGUUCAGCAGAGCCUACAGCAAACUUGGUGAUGGUGAACUCUGCAGUGAUCUCAAACUCCACGGGUGUUAAUGUUGCUCCAGCUACAGUAUUCUCCUCAAAUUCUGCUGCCUCCACUCAAGCCAGCAUCACAACAGCUGUUCCCCCACAAACAGGUGUUCAGCCAAUCCUAGUGUCUCCCCCUUCAAUAGGGACACCAGUAGCAGUUUCAUCAGUGCCAUUCCCAAUUUACUCAGCUCCUCUUCCUCCAGUCAGUGAGGUGGGAGAAGCUGGUGCUGUUCCUCCGCCUUACUCUUGUGAUCCCAGUGGCAGUGAUCUGCCUCGAGAUACAAAGGUCUUGCAGUAUUAUUUUAAUCUGGGACUGCAAUAUUACCACCAGAGCUAUUGGCAUUCCAUGGUGUACGUACAGCCAGUACCACCAGCGUCACCAGUGGAAGCUUAUCCAGCAUAUGCUGAGCCUGCUCACGUCCUAGAUCAGUCAGUACCUCAGCUCUAUGCUGAUGCUGGGCGAGCUGAAGUGCAUCAGGUUCCCUUGGAAGCACCUGCAAAUGGUAACUUUCAAAAUGCAGAGCCUCCACCCCCAUCCCACGGCACAGUAUACUACCCAGUGGUGUCAGAUCCCUACAGCCAGCCAUCUCUCCCAGGGUAUGACUCUUGCAUCUCUGUAGUACCUGCCUAUCACUACCUUAGUUCCUGGCAUCCAGUAAAUCCACCGUAUGGAAAUUCCCCACGAAUUCCCAAUGCUGUAAGUUCUGGACCACUACACCAAGUCAGCUAUAUUGCCUCACCUAAUCCUGCACCACACUACAUGCCUCAAGGAAUGUAAAUCUGGGAGGUGUAAGCUCACUUCUUGCACUUGGUUUCUCGUUUCUUUUUUGUCAAUUAUAUAUUAAUGUUGUUUCAUAAGUGUUAUCCUGUCUCAGUGGGCUGGGUUGAUUGAUUUAAGCUGCAUUCAGGUUUCAUGUUUCUUUCCAGGCUUAUGCUAAUGAUAAGCUUGACAGGAUGCUGUUUUGGUAGUUCAUAGAAGAAAGCAUAGGAAAAGAGUAUACAUACACUACAGUGUAGAGGAACACCAAGCAUAUAUUUGACUACACAAAAUACGUAUAAAAACAAGCUGUCACUAAAGGAAAAUGGCACCAUAUACCUCUGAGGGGUUACACUGGAACACAUAAACACAUAGUUCUUGUUUAAGCAUGACUGCCAUUACAACCACAGCUAAAAACUGGGUGCGGAGUUGUUAGGACAGAAUUGUUUGAAACAAGUUGGUGUUCUCAGAUUUCACCUUUGCAAUUAGCAAUCAUGUAUUUGUAAUAGCUGUGUCUCCUCUGAUUUCACUCUAUGUAGGCUUCAUGUCUCUUGAAAGUGUAAGAGUACUGUUGUGAUCUGUUCUGCUGUAUGUUGGUAUGUAUUUGUGAGCUUUGUUUUGUGAAAGCUGUUGCACAAAUGGUGGUAGUCUUGGUGUUCAAUUUGCACUGACAGCACAAAAUAAAAGCAUCUAACACAA